AUGGUAGCUUUGGCUGAUGGUGUUGUGGACAAGAAAAAGUUCGAGCGAGUGCGGGCGGAAGAGUUUAAGACCCAGGAGGGAGCAAGGCGGGAGGGCAACUGGACGGGGCACGGUCCUUUGAGAGGACCUGGACUGCCCGGGACUCGUACUUGCUUGCCCCGCUCCCUGAGUCUCGGCCAGGGAACAUACCGCGGUACUCUCUCCAUCUCCCUCCGUGGCCCCCUCAUCACGACGAUCCUCAAGUUUUGCUCCCAGUCCGGUGGCCAGCCUUCCGGCGCUGAGUGCUACAAGUGCGGCGAGGUCGGCCACAUAGCCCGCAGCUGCUCCAUGGACGGCCAGGAAUUUGAGGUCGCAGAGUCCGUGUUGACAAGGCCUCUGACCGACCGCGCCGGCCACGCCACCGUUGCAAGUCAGCACCCAGGACAAUCACCCGCCUCCACCAAGGAAAUCGAAAAGCAGGAGGCGAUAGUUUCGUAG